CCCCUCCCUACUGCAGCGUCGGGGAAAUUCUCGAUGCAUCAAGACUUGUCGGAGAAAAGCACAAUAGCAGAUUAGAGCCACCAACUGUUCCCUGGUCCUAGAGUGGAGGAAAUUCUCUAAAUAUAUUAGCCUACUAUAUUACACUGACAGACAGAGGGAAGAGUGUCGGGAGACAGAGACUGCUGCAGAUCACCUCUCUGUCAGACCUCAUGGCUCCAUUUAUGUUCCUGUUUAUCUUUCUGUCUGAAGCAUCUUCUGGCGUGAAUGUGUUACCAGUGCACCCUGGAGAUGAUGCCACUCUGCCAUGUCAGGCUGAUGGUUCCCCCAUCAGAGUUGUAGAGUGGAUCAGACCUGACCUGAAGCCAUAUACCGUCCUCUUAUACAUCCAUGGAAUCUUGGAAUCAGCCCCCCAGAAUCCAUCCUUUAAGGACAGGGUGGAGCUGGUGGACAGAGAUCUGAAGGACGGAGACGUGUCUUUAAUUCUGAAGAAUGUGAACAUCAACGACGCUGGAACAUACAAGUGUGGAGUUAAAACCGGUGAUACAAACAUAGACCCCAACAAUGACCCAAUCAGACCAAUCAGAACCAUCCAUCUCCGCAUUACAGAGCCAGAUUCCAAGGAUGGAAACUCUCCUGUAGGCCUCAUCGUUGCACUGACAGUUGUUACAUUAUUACUGCUUCCUGUAGCUGUUGUUGCAGUGGUUGUUGUCUGGAAGAGGCAAAGACAAAGACGUGAUGAAAAGAGAACAGUUGUGAUGGAGGUACCAGUGCGCCUUGGAGAUGAUGUCAUUCUACCAUGUCAGGCUGCUGAUCCCUCCAUCAGUGAUGUAGAGUGGAGCAGAGCUGACUUGAAGCCAGAGUCCAUCCUCUCAUACAGAGUUGAAGGGUCGGUUCUAACCAACCUGCAUCCUGACUAUAAGGAGGACAAGGUGGAGCUGGAGGACAAAGAUCUGAAGAAAGGAAACAUGUCUUUAAUUCUGAAGAAUGUUAGCAGGGAUGACCAAGGAACAUACAAGUGUCGAGUAACAUCAGGUGGUUCAAUGAGGACUAAUACUACCGUCCUCCCCUGGGAAACAAUCAGAAUCAUCCGUCUGCAGGUUAGAGAGCCAGCAGUUGUGAUGGAGGUACCAGUGCGCCUUGGAGAUGAUGUCAUUCUACCAUGUCAGGCUGAUGAUCCCUCCAUCUGUGAUGUAGAGUGGAGCAGAGCUGACCUGAAGCCAGAUACCAUCCUCUCAUACAGAGUUGAAGGGUCGGUUCCAACCAACCUGCAUCCUAAAUAUAAGGAGGACAAGGUGCAGCUGGUGGACAAAGAUCUGAAGAAAGGAAACAUGUCUUUAAUUCUGAAGAAUGUUAGCACAACUGACCAAGGAACAUACAAGUGUCGAGUAACAUCAGGUGGUUCAAUGAGGACUAAUACUACCGUCCUCCCCUGGAAAACAAUCACAAUCAUCCGUCUGCAGGUUAGAGAGCCAGCAGUUGUGAUGGAGGUACCAGUGCACCCUGGAGAUGAUGUCAUUCUACCAUGUCAGGCUGAUGAUCCCUCCAUCUGCGAUGUAGAGUGGAGCAGAGCUGACUUGAAGCCAGAGUCCAUCCUCUCAUACAGAGUUGAAGGGUCGGUUCCAACCAACCUGCAUCCUAAAUAUAAGGAGGACAAGGUGCAGCUGGUGGACAAAGAUCUGAAGAAAGGAAACAUGUCUUUAAUUCUGAAGAAUGUUAGCACCACUGACCAAGGAACAUACAAGUGUCGAGUAACAUCAGGUGGUUCAAUGAGGACUAAUACUACCGUCCUCCCCUGGAAAACAAUCACAUUCAUCCGUCUGCAGGUUAGAGAGCCAGCAGUUGUGAUGGAGGUACCAGUGCACCCUGGAGAUGAUGUCAUUCUACCAUGUCAGGCUGAUGAUCCCUCCAUCUGCGAUGUAGAGUGGAGCAGAGCUGACCUGAAGCCAGAUACCAUCCUCUCAUACAGAGUUGAAGGGUCGGUUCUAACCAUCCUGCAUCCUAAAUAUAAGGAGGACAAGGUGGAGCUGGUGGAAAAAGAUCUGAAGAAAGGAAACAUGUCCUUAGUUCUGAAGAAUGUUAGCACCACUGACCAAGGAACAUACAAGUGUCGAGUAACAUCAGGUGGUUCAAUGAGGACUAAUACUACCGUCCUCCCCUGGAAAACAAUCACAAUCAUCCGUCUGCAGGUUACAGAGCCAGCAGUUGUGAUGGAGGUACCAGUGCACCCUGGAGAUGAUGUCAUUCUACCAUGUCAGACUGAUGAUCCCUCUAUCUGCGAUGUAGAGUGGAGCAGAGCUGACCUGAAGUCAGAUACCAUCCUCUCAUACAGAGUUGAAGGGUUGGUUCUAAUCAACCUUCAUCCUAAAUAUAAGGAGGACAAGGUGGAGCUGGUGGACAAAGAUCGGAAGAAAGGAAACAUGUCUUUAAUUCUGAGGAAAGUUACCAGGGAUGACGAAGGAACAUACAAGUGUCGAGUAACAUCAGGUGGUUCAAUGAGGACUAAUACUACCGUCCUCCCCUGGAAAACAAUCACAAUCAUCCAUCUGCAGGUUAGAGAGCCAGCAGUUGUGAUGGAGGUACCAGUGCGCCUUGGAGAUGAUGUCAUUCUACCAUGUCAGGCUGCUGAUCCCUCCAUCUGCCAUGUAGAGUGGACCAGAGCUGACCUGAAGCCAGAUACCAUCCUCUCAUACAGAGUUGAAGGGUUGGUUCUAACCAUCCUGCAUCCUAAAUAUAAGGAGGACAAGGUGGAGCUGGUGGAAAAAGAUCUGAAGAAAGGAAACAUGUCCUUAGUUCUGAAGAAUGUUAGCACCACUGACCAAGGAACAUACAAGUGUCGAGUAACAUCAGGUGGUUCAAUGAGGAUUAAUACUACCGUCCUCCCCUGGAAAACAAUCACAAUCAUCCGUCUGCAGGUUAGAGAGCCAGCAGUUGUGAUGGAGGUACCAGUGCGCCUUGGAGAUGAUGUCAUUCUACCAUGUCAGGCUGAUGAUCCCUCCAUCUGUGCUGUAGAGUGGAGCAGAGCUGACCUGAAGCCAGAUACCAUCCUCUCAUACAGAGUUGAAGGGUCGGUUCCAACCAACCUGCAUCCUAAAUAUAAGGAGGACAAGGUGCAGCUGGUGGACAAAGAUCUGAAGAAAGGAAACAUGUCUUUAAUUCUGAGGAAAGUUACCAGGGAUGACCAAGGAAGAUACAAGUGUCGAGUAACAUCAGGUGGUUCAAUGGGGACUAAUACUACCGUCCUCCUCUGGAAAACAAUCACAUUCAUCCCUCUGCAGGUUAGAGAGCCAGCAGGUGAGUGAGUCUCUCUCAGUGAG